AGACGAAAUACAAGCUCACUGUUGUUCGGCUGAACAUUGAACUUUAUCCUCUUCUGCAUCUGUAGGCUUGUGUCUUACAGUCUGAUAGACAGGUUUAAAACCUUGUGUUCAGCAUCGUACAGAACUACACUAUAAUCUGUGAAUAUAGGUCUAAGAUUUUCUUCACAGACAAACAAUUUAAAUCUUGUUGAAAUUAUGGGAAAUUGUUUAACGCGAUGCUCAUCUACAGAGAAAAGCAAAAUGAAAGAGGAAACUGCUGAUAAUGAGGACCAGAGUGACACAAACAAAAAGACAUCGGGUAAUGAAGACAUCCUAUAUGCAUCAAUUGACCACAACAAUCCCAAAUCAGAAAAACAACAGAGAGACGUGGAGGAAAAUGAUUGUGAUUAUGCAAUUGUAAAGAUGCCUGAUAAGACAAAAGACAGACACAAAAGCAAUGAGGACUGUUCAGAUGAUUAUGUGCUCAUGGCCUGAAGUCACUGCAAUCUGCUGGAUGGACAAUCUGAGAUAAAGUACAUCAACCAAACCGUAAAGACCUUUGUAAAGGUUUUAAUGACUUUAAGCUGUUUUAUAUUUAUUUGUCGAUUUUGCAUUUCUUACCAUUUGCAGGUUACGUUGUUAUUUAAAUAUGUCGCUGCAUCUAUACCACAUUGAGAUUUAGUCAAACACUUUUGUAUAUUUUGAUAUAUCAGGGCACUUAAAAUAUGUUAAAUAACUUCGCCAAUGUGUACAGUGAAUAAAAUGAAUAUUGUGAAAACUGU